UAUAAUAAUAUACCAUUAAUAAAUAAACAUCGAUCCUACUAGAAACAAAUACUCUCUACUAUUAUGGUGGUAACAAUACAUUUCUGAGGAAAAAACAGUCUAUUGUUGAAUCUAAACCUGAAGACAGUCUUAGAAUACUGUAUUUGUUUAUUAAAAAGCAUGUUAUCUACAAUCGUAAAAGAGCACCAAAGUAAACAGGCAGCGAGGAAGGAGAGACAAGAACAAAAGAGAAAAGAAGCUGUCCAAGCAGCAAGUAACUUAACACAAGCCUUAGUUGAUCAUUUAAAUGUAGGAGUCGCUCAAGCAUAUCUCAACCAGAAAAAAUUGGAUGCGGAAGCUAAACAGUUACAACAUAGUGCAACAAAUUUUGCUAAACAAACUCAGUCUUGGUUGACUUUAGUGGAAUCAUUUUCAAGUGCAUUGAAGGAAAUUGGUGAUGCAGAAAACUGGGCACGUAGCAUUGAAGGAGACAUGAGAACUAUUGCAACUGCCUUAGAAUAUUCUUAUAAAGCAACCCAAGAAGCGCAAGGAACCAGUGCUACAUAAACAUAACAGGAAGUGCA